AUGAAGGUGAAAUUGAUUUGCUGUAUUAUUAUUUUUAGUAUUUUAAAUAAGUUGAAACUUGUAGAUAGCGCAUCAUUGUUAGGAAUCGAUUUGGGAAGCGAGUAUAUAAAGGUGUCAAUUGUAUCACCAGGGAAAGGUUUUAACAUAUUAUUAAAUAAUCAGAGUAAAAGGAAAAUAACAAAUGGCUUAUCAUUUGGUAGUAAAGUUAGAACAUAUGAUGAGGACGCAAAAAUAUAUAGCGGGAAAUUUCCCCAACUAACUAUAUUAAAUAGUAAUAAUUUGUUAGCAUACAAUUUAUUUGAGUCGUUAAAAAAUAAAGAAAACUAUAAUAUUGAAAAUUUUGGGGAUGAUAAUGAAGCUUUUUUCAGUGAUAUAAAUAAUUAUAGUUUUGAUAAAGCUGAAGAUGAUAAUGGGGUAUCUGCUGAGAAAUAUUUUUCCUAUGAUUAUGUUGUGGAUCAUAAAAGGGGUACUAUCCAUUUAAAAAUGAAAGAUAAUAUGGUUUUAUCAUCAGAAGAAAUAACUGCAAAUAUUUUGGGUUAUAUUAAAAAAUUAGCCUAUAAUCAUCUAAAUAUUGAUUAUAAAAAUAAAAGAAAUGCAAAUGUAAAUAUAGGUUGUGUUAUAUCAGUUCCUUGCAAUUUUCCCCAAAGAAAAAAAGAAGCUUUAUUAAAUGCAUCAAAAAUAGCAGGAUUAGAAUUAGUAGGUAUAAUAAAUGGUGUAACUGCUGCCGCUAUACACAAUGCCAAUGAUUUAGCAUUGAAUACAACAAAAUUAACUAUGUAUUUAGAUGUAGGAAGUAGUAAUAUUAAUGUUGGUAUUGCAAGUGUAAGCUAUGUUGAAAACAAUAAAGUUCGUACUCGAACUAUUAAUAUGCAUGCUUGUGAAGUUUUAGAAAAUAAUUCAGGAACUAAAAUUGAUAUGUUGUUAUCUGAACAUUUAAGAAAAAAAUUUGAAGAAAAAUUUAAUGUAAAAAUAGAAAAUGAUAAAAAAGCUAUGAGAAAAUUAUUAGCUGCAAGUAAUAAAGCAAAAUUAUUAUUAAGUGCUAAAAAAUCUACUGAUGUAUUUAUUGAAAGUUUACAUAAUAAUAAAAGCUUACAAGAAACAGUUACACGCCAAGAGUUUGAAGAUUUAAUUCAUGAUGUAAUAAUGAAAUUUAAAAUACCUAUAAAUAAUGCUUUACAAAAGGCAUCAUUUGAAUUAAAGGAUAUUGAAGCUUUAGAAUUAAUAGGAUCUUCAUGGAGAAUUCCUAAAGUUUUAAAUGAAAUAACUAAUUUUUUUAAUCCAUUAACAGUUGGUAUGCAUUUAAAUAGUGAUGAAGCUGUAACAAUGGGGGCUAUAUAUAUUGCAGCAUAUAACAGCGCCAAUUAUAGAUUAAGAGGACUAGAAUAUACAGAUAUAAUUUCAAAUGAAUAUCGAAUUUUAGUUGACAAGGAAGAAGGAGAAAACACAGAUGAGGAUAGUACUAAAAACGAACCCAAAGAAUUAAUUCCAUAUUUUUCUAAAUAUCCAGUUAACAAAGUUGUCGUAUUAAAAUAUAGAAAAAAUUUAAAAUUUUCAGUUUAUGAAAAUGGAAAAGUUAUUUCGAAGUAUAUAGUUGGAGAAACAAAUACGGAAAUAAAAAAUGACCUUUUGGAUGAGGCCAAAAUUCACAUAAAAUUUAAUCUCGACAAAUUUGGUAUUUUGAAUGUAGAACAUGUACAUUUGGUAUAUGAAGAGGAAAAGGCUGAAGAAAAAGCCGAGGAAAAGAAAGAAGAAAAAUCCGAGGAAAAAACUGAGGAAAAAUCAGAAGAAAAGACUGAGGAAAAGUCAGAAGAAAAGACUGAGGAAAAACCAGAGGAAAAGGUCGAAGAAAAAAAGAAAAACAUUAUAAAACACAAAAUCGCAUUACCAUAUGAAACGAAAUAUAUAAAACCAAUACCAUUAACUGCUGAAGAAGUUAAAGAAAAGAAAGAAACUUUAAAAAAAUUAGAUGAUCAUGAUAUAAACAUAUUUUUGAAAUCAGAAAGAAAAAACAAAUUAGAAUCAUUUAUAUACGAAACAAGAAGUAAAAUGAAACAAGAUAGUUAUAAACAAGUGUGUAAAGAAGAUGUUUUAAAACAAUAUAUAGACAAAUUAGAAGAAUAUGAAGAAUGGUUAUACACUGAAAAAGAUGAACCAUUAGAAAAUGUAAAUAAUAAAAUUAAAGAUUUAGAAGAUAUAUAUUUACCUAUUAAAGAAAGAGCAGAAGAAUAUGAACUUAGGGGACCACUUAUUAAAAAAAUUGAUGAAAAAAUUAAAGAUACAAAAGAAAAAUUGCUUGAGUAUUAUGAAACAAAACCAUGGGCUGAAAAAACCCUAAAAAUGAUAUCAAGUUCAUUAGAAGAAACAAUUAAAUGGUGGAAUAAUGCAAAAGAAGAACAAAGUAAACUGGAUAAUUACUCUGCACCAUAUUUUAAAGCUAGAGAUGUUGAAUUAAGAUUUAGCGCUAUAAAUGCUUUGGUUAAAAAUGUGGAAAAAAUUAAAGACCUUGUUAACCAAAAAGAGAAAGUAGAAAAUGAAAGUAAAAAUAAUGAUAAUAAAGAAACAGAAAAUAAAAACAAUCAACAAGAAAAUAAAACAGAAGAAAGUAAUGAUUCUGAAAAAGAUAGCAAAACUGAUAAAUCAGAGGAAAGUCAAAACAAAUCCGAGGAAAAUUUAAAAACAGAGCAAACCAGUGAAGAAAAAGGAAAAGAAGAAGAAAAAAAAAGUGAUACAUUAGAACAAAAAGAUGAAUUAUAA